AUGUCAACAGACCCUCUGGUUUUUUGGUUCAACGGUGGACCUGGUUGCUCAUCUCUAACCGGAUUUUUAUAUUUAAAUGGACCAGUUUUAUUGAAAGAUGGCAAAUUUAUGGAAGAAAAUCCAUAUUCUUGGACAAAAUUUUCGAAUGUGGUAUGGCUUGAAUCACCAGUUUCAGUUGGAUUUUCCUAUUCUAAAAUCAACACUCAUCCUGAUGAUAAUAUUUCUGCAGCAAGGGAUAAUUAUCUGGCUGUGAUGAGGUUUUUGGAGGUAAGCUUAGAAGAUCUGGAAAUUUUUCUGAAAUUUUCUAGAAGCUUAGAAGAUCUGGAAGUUUUUCUGAAAUUUUCUAGAAGCUUAGAAGAUCUGGAAGUUUUUCUGAAAUUUUCUGAAUUUCUCAAAUCCUGGAAAAAUUUCCAGAUAUUUCCAAAAUUCAAGAAUCACGAUAUUUUCCUAGCUGGUGGAUCUUAUGCUGGAAUUUUUAUACCAAUGUUAUCUUCAAGGAUUCUAGAAGGUUCGAAUGACAUCAAAUUGAAGGUGAGCUUCAGAAGGCUUCAGAAGGUUCUAGAAAGCAUCAGGAGAAUUUCGAAAGCUUCAAAAAGGUUUCCAGAAUCUUGCCGAGGCUACAGAAUACUUCAGAAAUAUUCAAAAGGCUUCUGAAGCAUUACAGUUCCCUCUGGAAGAUUCCGGAGACAAUAUUCUAUACAUGACUCACUUGUUGUUGGGAAAGUGCGAAUUUAGAAUAACAUAUUUUCACAAUCCAGAUAAUCUGUCAUACUGUAAGUGCUAGGAUAUUAAAAUAAUCGUGAUUGCUUUCAUAAGAAGCUUGUCAGGACAAUCCGUUUCGAAAAGCACUUACAGAUAAUCAAAACGAAAAGCGGAUUUGGAAGGGUUACGGUAGCUUCUUGAAAUAGAAAUGAAUUUGAUGAUCAAUAAAAAGAUUAAGGCUACCGUAGUACAUGAAUUGGAGGAUUAAUUAAUUCAUGAGAUUAAAUGUCACAGAUUAAUGUUUCUACUUUUAGAAACUACAGUAUGACUUCAGAAGACUUCGAAUCAAAACUGUUCCAGGUUCAAACUAGACUUUAGUUUAUACAUACAACAGAAAAUUGCCAAAUUUAAAAUUACAUAGUGUCCAUGUAAAACUGAAAAUUGCCAAAAAAUGAAAAAAAUUUAACUCAAACUAAAUUAUAGUUUCUAGUCAAAACUAGAGUAUAGUUUCUGGCUCAAACUGGACUAUAGGGCUUUUUAGGCUUUAGAAGGCUUUAAAAGGCCUUGGAAGGCUUUAAAAUGCUCCCCGAGGGCUUUGAGAGACUUCAUAGGGCUUUUGAAGGCUUUUGAAGGCUUUAGCACGGUCCAGAAGGCCUCAAAAGGCUUUAGAAUGCUCCCAGUGGGCUUUGAGGCUUCUGGAGGUUUCAGAAGGAUUCGGAAGGCUUCAGAAGGCUUUAGAAGGCUUUGGGAGGGUUCUGGAGGUAUCAGAAAGUUUCAGAAGGCUUUAGAAGACAUUUUGAGCCCAAAACUAAAUUUAGAAAGAAAUAGUUCAUAUAAAAAAUAGUAUUUUUGAUCUAGAAGACUAUUUCAGCCAAAAUUUUUCAGAAAAUCACUGAAUUUUCAGAUCAGAUCUCUUCAACGGUUUUACGGCUCAAAAAAUCGUAAAAUAAUUUUUGAUGAAUAUGGAGAGAAUUAUGUUUUAGUUACGAAAAGUUACGAAAUUCCAAUUUUCAAAGAAAUUUUUGCUGAAAAUCACUGAAGUUUGAGAUUUCCGAGAGUAUAAUCACCCAAAAAUCAAUAAUGAUAUUCAAGUAUUCCCAUCCAUCCCAAGACCCACCUUUUUGCAGGGUCUCGCAAUUGCGUCGGUCUCGCAAUUGGCUCUUUCAGUUUAUCACUCAACAUCAAAACAUCCUUCAUAUUUUCCUACACUCACGGAAUAAUUGACGAAGAAACAUAUCGAAAAAUCAUCAAAAAUUGUUGUUAUGAAAAAACCAUUGAAGAAUGCGAUAUUUUGGAUGAUUGGGCAAACACGGCAUGUCAUCAGAUGUAUAAUAUCAUAGCUGAAAUUAAAGCACUUGAUAUUUAUGAUAUAAAUCGAGAAUGUGAAAAUCUGAAUUGCAAUAAAACAUUCGAAUUAACAAAUAAUUAUAUGAAUCGGGAAGAUGUUCGAGAAAUUUUGAAAAUUCCAAAAGGUGUCAAAAAAUGGACGACUUGUCAGACGGAUUUCAAAUUUUCUCGUGGAUUUUUGGAGAUGGAUCAGGAUUUUAGAAAGGCUUCUAGGGAAAAUGUGAAAAGUUUAUUGUUUUAUGGCGAUGCGGAUAUGGUUUGUCCUUUUACGAUGGGACAACUAAUGUUGGACAGACUUGGGUUGAAGGUGAGCUUGGAUUUUUUGGCUCUCUGGGCUCUCUGGGAGAUCUAGGCUCUCUAGGCUCUAUAGGCUCUCUAGGCUCUCUAGGCUCUCUGGGCUCUCUAGGCUCCCUAGGCUCUCUAAAUCCUUAAUAAUUGGGUCUUGCUGACGCAUUUCUAGUAGUUUAAAGUUUAGCUGACGCAUUCCUAGUAGCUUGGAAUUUCACUGACGCAUUUACGGUAGCUUUGAAUUACACUGGCGCACUUCUAGUAUCUUGAAAAUUAGCUGACGCUUUUCUAGUAGCUCGAAAUUUUGCUGACCCAUUUCUAGUAGCUUGAAAUUCAGCUGACGCAUUUUUGGUAGCUUGACACUUUGCUGACGCAUUUCUGGUAGCUCGAAUUUUUGCUGACGCAUUUCUGGUAGCUUGUAGCUCUGCUGACGCAUUUCUAGUAGCUUUAAAUUUCACUGACGCAUUUCUGGUAGCUUUUAAUUUUGCUGACGCUUUUUUAGUAGCUCUAAAUUUCACUGACGCAUUUUCUGUAGUUUGAACCUUUGCUAAAGCUUUUACAAUAGCUUGAAACUUUGCUGACGUAUUUCUAGGAGCUCGAAACUUUGCUGACGCAUUUCCAGUAGCUUGAAGUUUAGCUGAGGCUUUUCUGGAAUAUCGCAACUUUACUGACGCGUUUCUAGUAGCUCAAAACUUUACUGACGCUUUUCUAGCAGCUUUAUAUUUCACUGACGCAUUUCUGGUAGCUUUAAAUUUAACUGACACAUUCCUACUAGCUCGAAAUUUGGCUGACGUAUUUCUAGGAGCUCGAAACUUUGCUGACGCAUUUUUGGUAGCUUGACACUUUGCUGGCGCAUUUCUAGUAGCUUGAAACUUUGCUGACACAUUUCUGGUAGCUCGAAAUUUGGCUAACACAAUCCCAGUAGCUUUGAAUUUCACUGACGCAUUUCUAGUAGCUUUGAAUUUUGCUGGCGCUUUUCUAGUAGUUCGAAACAUUGCUGACGCAUUUUUGGUAGAAUGGAACUUUGCUGACGCUUUUCUAGUAGCUCUAAAUUUCACUGGCGCUUUAACGGUAUCUUCAAACUUUACUGGCGCAUUUACGGUAGCUUGAAGGUUAGCUGACGCUUUUCUAUUAGCUCAAAAUUUUGCUGAUGCUUUUCUAGUAGCUUUAAAUUUCACUGACGCAUUUCUAGUUGCUCGAAACCUAGCUGACGCAUUUCUAGUAGUUCUAAAUUUUAAUGACGCGUUUUUGGUAGCUUUAAACUUUACUGACGCAUUUCUGGUACCUUGAAACUUUGCUGGCGCUUUCCUAGUAGCUUGGAAUUUCACUGACGCAUUUCUUGUAGCUCGAACCUUUGCUGACGCUUUUCAAGUAGCUCGAUACUUUGCUGACAUAUUUUCGGUAGCUCAAAACUCAGCUGGCGCAUACCUAGUAGCUCAGAAAAUUCUAGAAUCUUUGCGCUUAAAAAAUUAUUGAUCCAAUUUUUUUCAGCUUCUUCAAGAUUCAUCAGUUUACGCAAUAAAUGAAACAAUUAUUGGUCAGAAAACAGUUUAUGAAAAUAUCGAAUUUUUAGUUUUCAAAAAUGCCGGACACAUUUUGCCAAGCACACAUCCAGAAGCAUUUUUCGAAAUUCAUCGCAGAUUUUUUAAUUUUGAAAAUGUUUGA